AUGUCUAUUAGAUCAUGUGGAUUGGACACUGGCCAAUCACAGCUGCUAUUUGGAUUUACUAGUGCACUGGCCAAUCCACCUAGCCAAUCAGAAGCUCCGAAGCACCACAGUGAGAGAAUUGCAGCCAUGUCAGCACACCAAACUCUCCAAGACCUAGGCAACAAAGAUGAGUCCAUUAUUUCUCCUGAAAGUGAUGAGGAAAUACCCCAACAUGAACAAGAAGAAUCUGUCAUACUGUUAGGAGAACCAGUCAUAGGUCAUGGAGUUGUGUGUAGAACAUAG